AUGGCCAACUUGCAACAGAGCGAACAGCAUCAGCACAUCCAGCCACUCUCAGCAUCAACCCAUUCUUCUUCCUCUUCUUCAGUCCUUGCACCUAGCUCAGGUCACUCCCCAUUCGCCCGCGCAGCCGAUUUCAACCAUGACUCAUACUUGCCAAGCUCAAUAGCCAACUCCCGAUUCGCGCCUUCUAAUUCUGCCUACAACUUUGCUUCCUUACUCAAUCCUGCAUCCUCACCGAAUCCCGCGACGCCAGCCAGCUCUAAUGGUCACCUUCCUUCUCCCUACCCUAAUCAAACUCACUCGCCUUCUGCAAACUUGAAUCACACGCAAAAUAAUCUCGCUCCAAAUGUCCCCGCCCAUCAUCCCAACCGAUCUCCUGCGAACAAUGCCGCCAGAACUGGUCAAACUUUAGAUGAGAUGUAUGCUGUCCCCGAAAACUACUUAGAGAUCGAAGUGCGGAAUCCCAUGACUUAUGAUAAUAUCCGAAAGCCGUACACAGAUUAUGAGAUCACAUGUCGAACAAACAUCCCAGCGUUCAAAGUAAAAUACUCAUCGGUCCGACGAAGAUAUUCUGACUUUGAAGCGUUCAGAGAUAUCUUAGAACGAGAGACCACUCGAGUGAAUAUUCCUUCCUUGCCGGGCAAAGUCUUUACUAAUCGUUUCAGCGACGAAGUGAUUGAAACAAGACGAGAAGGACUCGAAAGGUUCUUGCAAAUCGUAGCUGGCCAUCCGCUUCUACAGACCGGAUCGAAGGUCCUUUGUGCAUUCUUACAAGACCCCCAAUGGAAUCCACACAAUUGGUGA